GUAUAACCUCUCAGUACCGUAUCAUAUGAAAUCUCGCGAUAGGAUCGCACUCCGAUUACUACGUAAUGUGCCGUGCUGCUUCUGGCGGCGCUGGUGACAGUGCUGAAAGCUGUUGGGUAUGAAGUGAAAAGGAACUGAAUUUUUUUUUUGUACCAUACGCAACUGCUUCUUCAAGUUCAGAUCACAACGAAGAAACAAAUUCAAGAGAAACAUCCCGAAACGUACAGUCGCAACAACUCAAGGAAAGGACCACUUCAAAGGAAAAUCUAGAAGCAACUAAACUAAGAAAACACCAAAGACACAAGAUACACACCUGCCCUAUCGAAACACACUCAAGAGAAGCAAUCCUUUGCCAACAUUGCAAAACCGUGAAGAUAACUGAUCUGAGACCAGAAGUUUGUGCCUACUCAACAGCUUUGACAAAGCACACGUCCCAACGCUACUCCCAGCCGCCCUCAUCCUCACCACCGACUCUACCCUGGGGUGCCUAGAGGGCUUCUAUUUCUUCCCCCCCCAGUUCCUUUAACCAUCCGAUCACCUACGUCUAUCUUUUCUUGCUCUGUUUAUUUUGUUUUCAAGCACUAUUGCACCUGCCUUUGCCUUUUAAAAUAUUUUUUCUCCCUUUUGCUUCAUGCUACUCGUAUCUAGAACUUGUGCCAGAAACCUGUAACAAAUAAGUGUGUGAGAUCUGCAAAGGCGUUCAAGACGACCAGAAGUUUCAAGACUCCAAAUCAAGACAUCCAGAGGUGUAUCAUUGGGUGGUUGAGCAAAAAAAAAAAAAAAUCGAGGCAGUCAAGCAAACCAGUUAUCAAGUACAACAAAGGGGUGGAGUUUGGCUUGAGUUUAUGGAAAAAUAUGGGCAGCCCCUGGAAAGGCUUUGUUGAGUUUACCUUGCCCACGUCGCCACCUGCCGCGUUUAUUAGCGCUGACCUGAGCAGCACCUCCCCCGUCGGACUCAGCCUGUCACCAUACGGCCGAUCCUGUUUUCCAGUCCCGACCCCACUGUUGGAUAUGGAGAGGGUGCACUCCGAACCCCCUUUGGCACGUAAUACUGCUCCUUCCACCUCUGCGGUGGCUAUCCCCCGCUCCUUCUCUGUCUCCCACAAAAAACACAAGCGGACCCCCCUGUAUCAGAGAUCAAUGAGUUUUGACCCUGGCAUGCUCCACAACAACGGGCACACAGCGUUUGCCAACGGCACGGCGGCGGGCAUCAGGGAGACUGGAGUGGUGGAGAAGCUGCUCACCUCUUACGGGUUCAUCCAGUGCUCGGAGCGGCAGGCGCGCCUCUUCUUUCACUGCUCCCAGUACAACGGCAACCUGCAGGAGCUCAAGAUAGGAGAUGAUGUGGAGUUUGAAGUGUCCUCAGACAGGCGCACUGGCAAGCCCAUAGCAGUGAAGCUGCUUAAGAUCAAACCAGAGGUGCUUCCUGAGGAGCGCAUCUCGGGCCAGGUGGGGCCAGACUCGCACGCCUCUCCCUUUACUGUGCUGCAUGGUUAUAUUCAUCCAGUUGUCUCAGCGAUUCCCACUCACCUGGAUGGCAAAUCUGCACCGGGGCAGGUGCCCACUGGCAGUGUGUGUUACGAGAGAAACGGGGAGGUGUUUUACCUGACCUACACCCCGGAUGACAUAGAGGGCAACAUGCACCUGGACACGGGAGACAAAGUCAGCUUCUACAUGGAAACCAACAAGCACACUGGUGCAGUCAGUGCUCACAACAUCGUCCUGGUCAAGAAGAAACAGAUGAGGUGCCAGGGGGUUGUCUGUGCCACCAAGGAGGCCUUUGGGUUCAUUGAGAGGGCUGACGUGGUGAAGGAGAUCUUCUUCCACUACAGCGAGUUCAAGGGUGACCUGGAGGCCCUACAGGCCGGCGACGACGUGGAGUUCACCAUCAAAGAGAGAAACGGGAAAGAGGUGGCCACCGACGUGAGGCUGCUCGCCCAGGGAACAGUCAUAUUUGAGGACAUCAGCAUUGAGCAGUUUGAAGGCACUGUCGUCAAAGUCAUCCCUAAAGUUCCAACCAAGAACCAGAAUGAUCCGCUCCCAGGCCGCAUCUGUGCUAGGAUCAGCUUCACGGACAAGGAGCUCCUUUUCGGCGAGAAGGAUACCAAGUCCAAGGUGACCCUGCUGGAGGGCGACCAUGUGCAGUUCAACAUCUCAACAGACCGCAGGGACAAGCUGGAGCGGGCCACCAACAUCGACAUCCUGCCUGACACCUUCCACUUCACUAAGGAGUCCCGUGAGAUGGUAAGGACCAUGAGGAGAUCUAUGGGUGUGAUCGCUGCAAUGCGUGACGGCUUUGGCUUUAUCAAGUGUGUGGACCGGGACGCCAGGAUGUUCUUUCACUUUAGCGAGGUGCUGGAGGAGGGCCAGCUGCACAUCUCUGAUGAAGUAGAGUUCACAGUUGUGCCCGUGAGUCCAGAGAGAACGCCCAUGGACAUGCUGUCUGCCCAGAGGAACCACGCGGUGCGCAUCAAGAAGCUGCCCAAGGGCACAGUCUCCUUCCACACCCAGUCUGAGCAGCGCUUUGUGGGUGUGGUGGAGAAGGAGGCCACAGCAGCUAUCACCAACAACAAGAGCGCCAGCCCCAGCAAGGCCAAAGAGAAGGAAGCAGAAGAGGGAGUGAUUUCUUAUGAGGACUGUGGAGUGAAACUGACUGUGUCGUACCACGUCAAAGAUCUGGAGGGAGCUACCCAGCCACAGGCAGGAGACAAGGUGGAGUUCUCCAUCAAUGAGGUAAAGAGGACUGGCCAACAGAGCGCUGUCACCAUCAAGAUCCUCAACCGCACAGUCAACACCAAGAGGCUGCUGGGAUACAUUGCCACCCUGAAAGACAACUUUGGCUUCAUAGAGACAGCCAAUCACGAUCAAGAGAUUUUCUUUCAUUACAGUGAGCUGUGUGGAGACUUGGAGAACCUGGAGCUGGGCGACACUGUGGAAUAUACCCUGUCCAAGGGCAAAGGAAACAAAGUCAGCGCUGAGAAGGUUACUAAGGUGGUAGCAGUAAAUGGUGUGGGGCAGGAUGUUGGUGAGACAGUGAUGUUGGGGAAGGUGGUGCGCCCUCUGCGCAGUGUGGACCCGUCCCAGACAGAGUACCAGGGGCUCAUUGAGCUCUUGGAGGAAGAUGGCACUAAGUGCCAGAAUUACUCCUUUGGCAUCGUGGGCAUGGCGAACAAGGCAGACUGUCUGCAGAAAGGCGAGAUGGUGAAGUUCCAGCUGUGCACAGUGGCUCAGACAGGACAGAAGAUGGCCUGCAACGUUGUCCCCCAACGUAAAGCCCUGGUGGAGUGCGUCAAGGACCAGUUUGGUUUUAUCACGUAUGAAGUUGGCGAGAGUAAGAAGCUAUUUUUCCAUGUCAAAGAGGUGCAUGAUGGCUUGGAGCUCCAGACCGGGGAUGAGGUGGAGUUCUCAGUCAUCCUCAACCAACGCACAGGGAAAUGUAGUGCCUGCAAUGUGCGCAGAGUUAGUGAAGGGCCUAAACCGGUGGCAACCCCCCGUCCUGAUCGCUUGGUCAACCGGCUCAAGAGCAUCACACUGGAUGACGCUAGUGCCCCCCGCCUAGUUAUUGUGAGACAGCCCCGCGGCCCUGACAAUUCAAAGGGCUUCAAUGUGGAGAGGAAGACCCGUCAACCGGGUGUCAUUGACUGAGCAGUACAUAACCCUUCCCAUCUGACUAGGUGGGCCCUGAUUUAGAAAUGCAAUGUGAGAAUGGACGACAACAAUGGAAAGGGAUUUUUGCUGUCUUGUGGACACAUGCUCCUACACACACUCUUGAUACACACAGAGAAAUAAGCAUGUGUAACCCCUCCAUGUUCCAUCACCUGCAAGGGAACCCUCAUUCCAUUUGUUCUCUGCUGCCUAUGUAUGAUGUACUUGAUACAGUUUCGUACUGCAGUAUACAAGGCGGGAUCUCUCUUCCGAGUGUGCGCGUGUGACUGUUGUGCAUAAGGUGUUUUUAGAAAUGAUAGAAGUUACAGAGGAAUUUGUUUUGAGGGUUUCUGUGCGUUUAGAAUCAGUGACUGUUGCGUGGCAGUGUCUUGUCCCAUCUGCCUAAUUGUCUGGAAUUCUGCACCUGCAACUUGUUGUGUGUGGGCAUGUAUACGAGCUCAUCUGCUUCUUUUCCUCCAUUGUUCUCCCUCAUUUAAGGCAACUAAAUGAUUAUCAUUUGCCAAUGGUUUUCACCAUGCUUUCCUAGAAAAUGCAUAAAGCAAAGUUCCCUCCAUAAGGAGGGUGAUGUUUCUCAUGUGUGGACUAAAACAGAGGCUACUUCUCUGCUCGGUUUUUUUGAGCAGUUUUUUAAACUCUUUAUCCAAGAGCUGGAGUGAAAGCAUGGUGUUGUCUGUGAAUGUUUAAGUGGCUAUGAUUUGGAUUUACUUUCACAAAUCUGGAGCCUUUAAAUACCUUUUUCGCUAUUAACACGCUUUGUAAGCAAUUUCCCCAGGUGCAGAAUUCCUAAUGGCAUCUUAUAUCGAGCAGUUUUAUACUAUGUACUUUAUUUUUUUGCACCUCCUUUGCUUUUUUUGUUUCAUUGAUGUAAGAAUACGGUGCCUAAACUACAAAAACAAAAAAAUGACAUCCUCUGUCCCCAGCCCAACUGCCAAAAUAUGAAGAAAGGAUGGCUUUUUAUUCCCAGUAGAAAUAAUACUGAUCUGCAUCCCAAAUACCUGUUGGUUGAAAUAUACUGUAUGUAAUGUGUGCAUUUUUUUUCUUAGUAAAAGAUUAAACAUCACAAUAUAACAAAACUACAUUUUAACUUCAGUAAAAAAAGAGCGGGUUAACAAAGCAUUAAAAUUAAGUUGUGUCUUAAGGAUCAGGAUAUCUAUUGUGCUCUGGCGGUGUUGGAAGGUGAUCUGUUGCGCCUGUACGCACUUACGGCAGUUAGAGACUAUUUAAACUCUGGAGAUCACUGGGUUGAUCCUGAACUGCACAGGCGCUCCUAUGUACUUUUGUUAAUGGUCUUGAAUGAAGCAAUUGAAUUAAAGUUUUAUGAAAAUCA